CGGCGCCGGCCCGGCUCUUCCCCGGGACGCGCGUCUGCUGCUGUUGCUGCCGCCCCUGCCGCCACCGUCGCCGUCGCCGAGCUCUACGGCCGCAGCCUCCCCCUCUCGGAUGGACGCUCUGCCCCGCGGUGGGCUCCACCUGAAAGAGGAGCCGCUGCUGCCCUCCAGCCUGGGCUCCGUGCGCUCCUGGAUGCAGAGCUCUGGCAUCCUGGACUCCAGCACCGCGGCACAGAGUGGCGUGGGCCUGGCAAGAGCACAUUUUGAAAAGCAGCCCCCCUCCAACCUCAGGAAGUCCAACUUCUUCCACUUCGUGCUGGCCAUGUACGACCGGCAGGGGCAGCCCGUGGAGGUGGAGCGCACAGCCUUCAUCGACUUCGUGGAAAAGGAUCGAGAGCCUGGGACAGAAAAGACAAACAAUGGCAUCCACUACCGCCUUCGGCUGGUGUAUAACAAUGGACUCCGGACAGAGCAAGACCUCUAUGUGCGCCUCAUUGACUCCAUGUCUAAGCAGGCUAUCAUCUAUGAGGGACAGGACAAGAACCCUGAAAUGUGCCGAGUGCUGCUCACUCACGAGAUCAUGUGCAGCCGGUGCUGUGACCGGAAGAGCUGUGGAAACCGGAAUGAGACACCCUCAGAUCCAGUCAUUAUUGACAGGUUCUUCCUCAAAUUCUUUCUCAAAUGCAACCAGAACUGCUUGAAGAAUGCAGGGAAUCCCCGAGACAUGCGCCGCUUCCAGGUGGUGGUGUCCACAACAGUGAGUGUGGAUGGACACGUGCUAGCCGUGUCUGACAACAUGUUUGUGCACAACAACUCCAAACACGGCCGCAGGGCCCGACGCCUGGACCCUUCUGAAGGUCAGGACUCCCAGUCCAGCCCUGGCCAACCUCAGAGUCCACCUUGGUACAGUCCCCUGACCUGGGUCCUCUCCUACCUCCCAGCUGCUACCCCCUGCAUCAAGGCCAUCAGCCCCGGGGAGGGCUGGACCACGGGAGGCGCCACCGUCAUUAUCAUCGGAGACAACUUCUUCGACGGGUUGCAGGUCGUGUUUGGCAACGUGCUCCUGUGGAGUGAGCUCAUCACUCCCCACGCUAUCCGGGUGCAGACGCCACCAAGACACAUUCCUGGGGUAGUAGAAGUGACCCUCUCCUACAAGUCCAAGCAGUUUUGUAAAGGAGCCCCCGGCCGCUUUGUCUACACAGCCUUGAAUGAACCUACCAUUGACUACGGCUUCCAGAGGCUACAAAAAGUCAUUCCCAGACACCCGGGGGACCCAGAAAGGCUGCCCAAGGAAGUGCUGCUGAAACGGGCGGCUGACUUGGCGGAGGCCCUGUACGGAGUGCCCAGCAGUAACCAGGAGCUCCUCCUGAAGCGUGCGGCGGAUGUGGCCGAGGCUCUGUACAGCGCCCCGCGCGCACCUGCACCCCUCGGACCCCUAGCCCCCAGCCACCCACACCCCACCGUCGUGGGCAUCAACGCCUUCAGCAGCCCUCUGGCCAUCGCCGUCGGGGACGCCACACCGGAGCCGGGCUAUGCCCGCAGCUGCGGCAGCGCGUCGCCCCGGUUUGCGCCCAGCCCUGGCUCUCAGCAGAGCAGCUAUGGCAGUGGCCUUGGAGCUGGCCUCGGCAGCUACGGUGCUCCCGGUGUGACUGGCCUCGGUGUGCCCGGGUCCCCUAGCUUUCUCAAUGGCUCCACCGCAACCUCACCUUUCGCCAUCAUGCCCUCUAGCCCCCCGCUGGCGGCUGCCUCCUCCAUGUCCCUACCGGCCGCUGCCCCCACCACCAGCGUCUUCUCCUUCUCGCCUGUCAACAUGAUCUCCGCUGUCAAACAGAGGAGCGCCUUCGCCCCUGUGCUGCGCCCACCCAGCUCCCCAUCCCAAGCCUGCCCCAGAGCCCACAGAGAGGGGCUUCCAGACCAGCCUUUUGAAGACACUGACAAGUUCCACUCUGCAGCCCGGGGGCUCCAGGGCCUGGCAUACUCUUAAUUAUGGUCUGCAGGUGCUGCCCCAAUGAGGCUGACCGAUGGGCCUUCUGGAUUCAUGUUCAUGGCUGGGAUGGCAGCACAAACAGAUAGAAGGUCAAGACUUUGGGUAGACCUCAAUCCCUGGGAUACACAGGGAGAGGCCUUCACCUCUGUGCUCAAGGCCCCCGCAUAGCCACAGACCCUCAUACUUACCUCCCUUUCUUGGGACACAUUAGAAGCCCAGCACUGUGAGGAUGCUCUUGGCAAGAGAGCAUCAUAGGGAGGUAUUGGGAUGUCGGACCUUACCCACUGGAUUGGUUCCUCUGUAAGAGGUGAAUUUGUGAAGACCAGAGAUGUUGGUAAGAUGAGCAAGAAUUAGGAACCAUGGGAAAGGGAACAUCUCAGGGAGAGGUGAUCUGGACGGGGUCCUGUUUGCAUCUGACCAAUCUUGCCUGGCCUAGCAGCCCACCUCAUGAACAAGGUGGUGUCUAGCAGUCUCAGGAGGCCCAUUCAGGCUCCCAUGGAGCUGCCCACAUGCCACUGGACCCCAAUGGCUGCCCUCACUUCCUUUGAAAGUAGCACAUUCAUGCAGAUCCCAGCAGGCCUCCCUGUGAGGGAAUUUAGGCAUGGAAGAUGCACAGAAGGGCCUCCUGAAUUUUGACUCUCACCCCAAUGGAUGUUUCAUGAAUUUUGUCCCCCUAUCACCACACACCCAACUCUAGUUGGCCCCAAAGAACAGCCCGGCUGCCCCUUGGUAGCCUCACACUCUGCUGGGUUUGGACAAAAUGGAACAAUAAACCAGAUGCAGGUGGCCA